AUGUCCAGAGUAACAUAGAUUCUCACGUGCCACCCACUUUUCACACAUUAACACACACAGUAGUGUGUGUCUUUUGUCUCUCCCACCACCCCCACCACCCCCAUAAUGCUGGCUUGACCAUUUCUCUCCCAAAGCACAAUCAAUAUUCCUUCUAUUCACCCUCUCUAUUCUCUGUACCUUCUUUUUUUGGGUUUUUGUUUUUGUUUGAUCGAUUGAUUCUUAUUCUCGGUGUUGAUCAUAAUCCUAUUAAGAUUCAUGUGGAUUGGAAAUUGAUGAGUUAAAGCUGAGAUCUUUUUGCUCCUCAAAUGUUGCCCCAAAGGAUUGGAAAUUGAUGAGUUAAAUAUGGGAUUUUUUGCUCCUCAAAUAUUGCUCCAAAGGAUUGGAAAUUGGGUAUGAUGGAGUACCUUCCUGUUGAGGUCAUUGGGAACAUUUUGUCCCGGCUUGGAGCUGCUCGAGAUGUUGUGAUUGCAUCUUCUACUUGUCGGAAGUGGCGAGAGGCUUGGCGGAAUCAUCUUCAGACACUCACCUUUAACUCGAAUGACUGGCCGGUUUAUCAUGAGCUCACAAGGAGCAGACUUGAGAUAAUUAUAACUCAGACUAUUUUCCAGACUAAUGGACUGCAGUGCCUUUCAAUCAUAAUGGACGACGUCGAUGAGUUCUCUGCUGCUCCGGUCAUUGCUUGGCUAAUGUAUACCAGAGAAACAUUGCGCCAGUUACAUUACAAUGUUAGGACUACCCCGAACAUUAAUAUACUCGAAAAAUGUGGUCGCCAGAGGCUCGAAGUGUUGGCUCUGGCCCACAAUACAAUCACGGGUGUCGAACCUAGUUAUCAAAAAUUCCCUUGCUUGAGGUCUCUUUCACUUAGUUAUGUUAGUAUAUCGGCUUUAGACCUGAGUCUUUUCCUUACAGCCUGCACAAAAGUUGAGGCUUUGAAUCUUGUCAGUCUAGACAUUGUUAUGUCUGAUCCACAGGCAACGAUGGAGUUGAGUAGUAACUCUCUGAAAGAUAUCUAUGUUGAAGCCAUUAGUUUGGAUAAAAUCAUACUCGAGGCAGAUAGUCUCGAGAAGCUGCAUUUGAAAGAUUGUACGCUCGAGGUCUUUGAGCUUGUCAGCAAGGGGAAGUUACGACUCCUUAAGAUCGAUGAUGUUAGCGUCAUCCAUCUUGAUAUCGGCGAGAGUACUGAAAAUCUUGAGAUUGUGGACGUCAGCAAUUUCACAAUCAUGUGGUCCAAGUUCCAUCAUAUGAUAGCAAAAUCGUCAAAGCUGAGAAGACUGAGGCUAUGGGGAGUUGUGUUCGAUGACGAUGACGAGGUUGUCGAUAUUGAGACAAUUUCUGCUUGCUUUCCUCAAUUAACUCAUCUAUCGCUGAGUUAUGAACUAAGAGAGACAACACUUCAGUAUGGAUUGCAAGAUUCUUUUCGAUUGGAAAAUGUGGUCAUCUUGGAGCUAGGCUGGACAGUGAUUAGCGACCUGUUCUCACAUUGGGUAGCAGGAUUACUUGAAAGGUGCCCUAACUUGAGGAAGUUGGUAAUCUAUGGGGUCGUUUCAGAAACCAAAACGCAUGACGAAUGUCAUACAUUAGCCAGCUUCACAUCUUUCAUUGUAAGGCUUAUGAGGAAGUAUGUGCAUGUAGAUGUUCAGUUUGAAUAUGAAUAGACUUGAACAAUUGUUCCCUACGGUGGAGUUCAAACUUUUGUCUAAUCUCGGCAACGCAAGGAGGUACAUGAUCCUUAGUGGUGAUUGUCUUUUUCUUAUAUUGGUACAACCCUGUAAUUUAUGAUAAAUUUUGGACUCGUCUUAUUCUUUCAAUUCAGGUAAAAGUAGCAUUUGUAUUUCUUAUUAUCCUCUUGUUACUAGUUUGUGCAUUCAUGCACACUAUCUCUGUUAUUACGAAUUCUCAUCUAUUCUGCUUUUCUGUUUUGUUCUUUUUUUGUUGGGAAGCUUCCUUACA